CUUCAGCCAAUGGCUGAGUCGUGGGGUGGUCCUACGCGAGAGGGGCUACCCUCCACCUCUAGUCUUGGACCCUUUUCCGGUUUAUUAGACUCCACUUCCAGCCCGGAGUCUUCCAGUAGCCAUUGCUCUUCCUCGCCCUCUGGGUGAUGGCUCUGACCCGGACUCAUUUCCAGGGCAGGUAUUGGCUCUGUCCCCUCCCAGGAAGCUGCUGACAGCCGGCCCCUCCCUUCCUCCCUCCCCGCCUUUCCCUGAGGAUCUCUGCCUAGCCUGCUAAGGUGCAAAGGGUUGCGCUGGGAGUCCGAGGACACAAGUUCAAGUUCUGCCUCUGUCUCUCCCUUCUAGGGUGCUUCUUGUCCUCUGUGGGGGGAAAGACCCUCUGGGUAAGCCAGGCAUUGGGCUUCUUCCUUGGAAAUUUUGAGGUCCUGGAGGUUUGAGCUGCUGAUCCAAAAGAGAAAUCUCACAUCUAGUGAAAAUCUGGAAAGAGCUUUCAAAGGCUUCUGGGAGUUUCUCUUCCCUUGAUUUUUGAAUGGAGGGAGAAGGUUGUUCCGUAGAGAUUGGGGCAGAAACCCAGGAUGGGCAAGCGAAGUCCUCUCCCAACUUAGCAUUGCCUGAGAAGCCAGAAGUGCUGGUGACUGAAGCUGCUGCCUUCCAGGCUCCACUAGAAGAAGCCAAGCCCCUGGCCAUGAACAGAGAGGAGGAUUCUAUCCGGGACCCGGACAGCGCCAUCCCCAAGAGCCUCCAGCAUCGCGGGGCCCAAGAGGAGAGCUUUCAGCGCAGGUUUAGAGGCUUCCGAUACGAGGAUGCGGCUGGGCCCCAGCAGCUGCUCCAGAGACUUCGAGAGCUCUCCCGAAGGUGGCUGGACCCAGAUGUGCACACAAAGGAGCAGAUGAUAGAAUUGCUCGUACAGGAACAGUUCCAGGCCGUCAUGCCGGAGGAACUCCAAACCCUGGUCCAGAGACCGAAGACGGAUGGCUGAAACACUGGCUAUAAAAGCCCAUGGAGCCUGACAAGAAAUAAUCCAAUCCCUGCCGACGACACUCUUCUUGGACAGUUUAAGAUUUAUUUAUUAUUAUUUUUUUAAUUUCUGGAUGCACCUUCACUUGGAUUUCAGGCACCAUAUUAAAGUUUGGUUUUGAAUGA